CAAAAGCAGAGAGACCUCUAGCUAAACUACUCAUCAUCUUCUUCGAUCUAUUCCCUCUUCUCUCUCUCUACUCUCUACCUCAUAGAUUCCAUUGUCACCAUCCCUUUCCAAAACCUACAAUGCCGUCCCCUAGAUCAGCUAAUUAACACUCCCCAGAGAUCUAAACCAAACCUCGAGACUCUAAGCUACACACGCCGAUGGGGAACUGUUGCAGAUCUCCCGCCUCCGUAGCUAGAGAAGACGUCAAAUCAAACAACUCCAACCACCGUAAAGACCCUUCCACCCCCAAAAAAAAACCAACACCAAUCCGAGUCCUCACCAACGUCCCCAAACAAAACAUCGAAGACCGUUACAUCCUCGACCGAGAGCUCGGCCGCGGCGAGUUCGGCGUCACCUACCUCUGCAUCGACCGCGCGACGCGCGACCUCCUCGCCUGCAAAUCGAUCUCGAAGCGGAAGCUCCGGACGCCCGUGGACGUGGAGGACGUGAAGAGAGAAGUGGCGAUCAUGGAGCACCUCCCCGAGGACGCGAGCAUCGUGACGCUCAGGGAGGCCUGCGAGGACGAGGGAGCUGUGCAUUUGGUGAUGGAGCUUUGUGAAGGCGGGGAGCUGUUUGAUAGGAUCGUGGCGAGAGGGCAUUAUACGGAGAGAGCUGCGGCCGGGGUGGUGAAGACGAUUGUGGAGGUUGUGCAGUUGUGUCAUAGGCAUGGGGUGAUUCAUAGGGAUUUGAAGCCCGAGAAUUUUUUGUUUGCGAAUAAGAAGGAGAAUUCGCCGCUUAAGGCUAUUGAUUUUGGUUUGUCCAUUUUCUUCAAGCCAGGUGAGAAGUUCUCGGAGAUAGUUGGGAGUCCAUAUUACAUGGCACCUGAGGUGCUUAAGCGGAGUUAUGGACCCGAAAUAGAUAUUUGGAGUGCUGGAGUGAUUCUUUAUAUUCUGUUAUGUGGAGUUCCUCCGUUCUGGGCAGAGUCGGAACAGGGAGUUGCUCAAGCUAUUCUACGUGGAGUAAUUGAUUUUAAGAGGGAACCGUGGCCAAACAUUUCGGAGACUGCUAAGAAUCUUGUCAGACAAAUGUUAGAGCCUGAUCCAAAGCGCCGGCUUACUGCAAAGCAAGUCCUUGAGCACCCAUGGAUUCAAAACGCGAAGAAAGCUCCAAAUGUUCCACUUGGAGAUGUUGUGAGGUCCAGAUUAAAGCAGUUUUCAGUGAUGAACAGAUUCAAGAGAAAAGCUUUGAGGGUUAUUGCUGAAUUCUUAUCUUCACAAGAAGUAGAAGACAUCAAAGAGAUGUUCAACAAGAUGGACGCUGAUAAAGAUGGUAUCGUUACCAUCGAGGAGUUGAAAGCUGGACUUCGUGAUUUUGGUACACAGCUAGCAGAAUCAGAAGUUCAGAUGCUUAUUGAAGCGGUGGAUACUAAAGGUAAAGGAACACUGGACUAUGGGGAGUUUGUUGCAGUCUCUCUCCACCUGCAAAAGGUAGCAAACGAUGAGCAUCUCCGCAAAGCAUUCUCUUACUUUGACAAAGAUGGAAAUGGGUAUAUUUUACCCGAAGAGCUUUGUGAGGCUUUAAAGGAAGAUGGAGGAGAUGACUGUGUGGAUGUCGCCAAUGAUAUAUUCCAAGAAGUUGACACGGACAAGGAUGGGAGAAUAAGCUAUGAAGAGUUUGCGGCGAUGAUGAAAACAGGAACGGAUUGGAGAAAGGCGUCUCGUCAUUACUCGAGAGGGAGAUUCAAUAGCCUAAGCAUCAAGCUAAUGAAAGACGGAUCUUUGAACCUAGGCAACGAAUAGCAGUAAGCCACCCCGCAUUAGAUUUUUGUAGAGUUUGUCUCUCACGUCACGUCCUCUCUUCACGUCACGGACUCAGAAUUCAAUCUUUUGUUUUUGUUGUAAAUCUUUCGUUUCUUAACUUGUGUUUUUUUGGGUGAUUUAUGCUGUCUCUGUUCUUAUUGUAUUUGUUUGUGGGGCUAAGUUGUGAGUUGUUUAGUUUGUUGUGGUAGAAAGGCCAAAGACAUGAGAAUCAAUGUUUGUUGUGUAGAAGAAAAAACAAGGACCUUUCUUGUAAUGAUGUUGUAAUAUUCUUUUGUCGGCCUUAGCCUCUUUAGUGAUAUGAACAAGACAAUUUAAACUUUUGAAUAC